AAUUUAAUGCAUUGCGUCUGCAUCAACAUUUUGGCAAGUUUUUGAUUAAUGUAUUUAUGCACACAUUGCAAACGUUUCAAGUUUUCUCAUGUGAAACUUAAUAUUUAUAGUCAUAUUAAACAUCUAAUUUUGGCAAAUGCAAAUUUAAACUGCGCGAAUUGCUAAAAGUAUUUCUGUAUUAAGAUCUGGAUAUAGAUUGAUAGAAUUGCAACCAUUAAUAAAGUCUUCGAUAUCACGUUCCCGGGCAAACAACGGUUACUAUGCUACUUUCAAAGCAUAUACAGGUAUGGAAGGAGAAUCUGUCACUUGCAGGUGUACAGUUUGCAGGUGAACCGGACGCAGACAGUUCUGUAAAUCUCAUUGUUGCCCAUGUACUGGGAUCGAAAAUGAAAAAUGUGACCGAUAUGAAUUUUAUUCCUUCUGAAUGUACACAAAGAAAAAUAGAAGAAAUGUGUAAGGAGAGAAUGAAAAGGAAACCAGUGCAGUAUAUCAUCGGUGAAUGGACUUUUCAUGAUAUGACACUGGAGAUGAGACCGCCGGUUUUUAUUCCACGACGGACAACAGAGGACUUCGCAAGCAUUAUAGUGAAUGAAUGGUCAUUGGAGCAUGAACAGACAGGGAGAUUUCUAGAGAUUGGCUGUGGAACGGGAGCAGUGUCUCUUUAUAUACUCAGAAAAUUGCCAAAUGUAAAAUGUGUUGUGGUGGAUAAAAAUGAAAUUGCCUGUAAAUUAACCGUCGCCAAUGCAACACGAUAUAAUCUAGAAGAAAGAAUACACGUCAUCCAUGGAGAUAUAUUACAAGAUCGAGUCAUAUCAGAGCUGUCUCGAUGUGGACCUUACAAUGUUCUUGUAAGCAAUCCGCCUUCUAUGUCAACAGAUAAGAUGAGAUCUUUUGGACCUGAACUAGAGUAUGAGGAUCUUGAUGCGAUAUAUGCUGGUACUGAUGGUCUAGAUAUUAUUCGGAGGAUACUUGCUAUAUCACACACUCUCCUAUAUGAUAACCUAAGUUUUGUUUGGCUGGAAAUGGGCGAGCCUGAAAGAAUCAAGGGACUACUUGAAUCACAUCAUGAAAUCAGGCUUUCAUAUAUGGAGACUUUCAAGGAUUUCAGAGGAAGGGAUAGGUGUUGUAAGUUGCAGUUGAAUGACGCACAAACAGUGUAGAAACUACGGAAACAAUAAAGUGAUCUGAGAGACCAGAGAUCUUGAUGACAUCUUUAUUGACGUUGAUGUGGCAGUUUUUAGUCUUACGAAACUGUGUUCAUCAUUGAACAUGCCAUUGGUUUAUAUCUUUCAUACCUCUUUUACGAAACCGAAUACCAUCAGGAAGGCUGUAAGACUUUAUGAGAAGGCAGCAGCAACAAUGACGUAAUUUGACUCUUUUGUGUUAAAGCUUAUUUAUAAUGCCACCAUGCAGUAACCCUUGUAUAAGAAAUUUUAGCUGAAUGGUAGUGCAAGAUGCAGACGUCGCUCCAAUUCCAGAAGCUUCACUUGUUCUAAGACUAUCAGGAGUAAAUCACCCAUACAUGUACGGGACUCUCAUCCGAAUGUUUGUAAUUUAUGUUGGAGGAGCGGGGGCAUGAACUCACGACCUUGGUUUCGUGGUCAGACAGUGUUACCAAUGGUCCACUUCGUCUGCUAAAUAAAAUGUGUGGUACCACAGUUUUUAAAUACUACUACAGUUAAACACGCCAUUCAGUACCCCGCAUUGUGACAUAAAUUAGUUUGCUGAUUGUUUAUAUUACAUGCAGUAAAUAGGCUUCAUGUUUAUUUUUGCUGAACUUCUUUUCUCAAUAUACGAUACUGACAUAAAAAAAAUAUUUUGUU